AUUCUCUCAUGCUAUAUUGUCAGGAGUUGAAAAACAAGGCUUCUUCAAUUAUUUCAUAUACAAAUUUAGGAUGGUAAUAAACAGGAAUAAUAUGUGAUUGUCUCUAAGAUAGAUAUGAGAUUGAAAUUAAAUAUUCUAAGGCAAUAGAAAAAUUAGCAACAAAAUUAGCACCAAUAAAUGAAUUUUUUAGUGCUUCCUUUGGAAUAAGAGCAUAAUUAUCAUCUCAAUUUGCUGAAGAAAUAAAAGGAGAAAUUGAUUUAAUUAAAUAGCUUAUUGCUUAAUAAAAAGCAACUCAAUAUAUAGAUUAUAUAAAAUUGUGGGAUAGUUAAUUAUAAUCAAUAAAAUCAAAUUUUAAAGCAGCAGAAGGAUUUUUAAAAAAUAAAAAAAGAGAAUAUGAAAUUGAGGGAACAUUAGAAAUUGCAUUUUCAGUUUGUUAAUAAGAGAAACUUGAAAAAUAAAGAAAUAAGUAUUAUUAAAUAUUAAUAAUAUAGAGCUCUUGUAUGUAAAAAAGAAUAUUAAUAAGCUAAAGGAAAUUAUUUAGAAUUAAAAUAAGAAAUGGAAGAGGUUUUGAAAGAGUAAGAAGUUGAAGUUACAUUAGACUAAAUUUAAUAAUUAAAUUUAUAAAGGCUGAAUGCAGUCAAAGAUUGUAUUCUAAAAAUAUUUGUAUAUGAGUCUUCUAUUGCAAAAAAUCAUUUAUAUGAUUUAGAAAAGAUGUCUGAAGUAAUUUAUAAUUACAAUAAUUAGAGAUUACAUGAUUAAGAUUAAAAUUAAUUUAUUGAAGAAUUUAUUAAAAAAAAUAAAUAAUAGGAAAUAAAUUCUGUUGAAUUGGAAUCAUUUCUUACUAAAUUAUUAGAUAGUUAAGGUUAAUAAUAAAUAUAUACAACUAAUAUCUAUCCUAUAGGACCUGAAAGGACAGAAGAAUAAAUUUAAUAAGCUACAUAGGAGAUAUAAUAAUCACCUUAAAAGUAGGAAGAAUUUUUAAAUUUUUUAUCUUAAAAGUUCAAUUCAAGUACCUUUUAAUUAUCUCUAUAAGAGUUUAUUUAAUGUACAACUAUAUCUAUAGGAAUCUUGGAUUAAGUAAUUAUUCCUUUUUAAUAAUUAAGUGUUAUGAAAAUAAGAAUGCCGUAUUGGCUUAAUAGUUACUAUAAUUUAGUUUUGGACUAUUCACUAAAGAUAAGUAAACAAGAUAUAUGUAGGACAUGCUAGUGAAUCAUUAAAUUUGGUAGUAUCGUGAUUAUUGGGAAGCUGUUAUCAUAAACUAAAUAUCUAAGGUAAAAAAAGGAACCAAAGAAAAUAUCAAUACAAGCAUUCUUAUUAUUCUAACAUAAGUAGCAUAACAUAUGUUGAUGUUCAAAUUAUCGCCAGAUUUAGUUAGAGAUAUUGUUUAAAAGUUUUCUUAAUUUUUUAAAUUGAACAAAGAAAUAGCAGAGGAUCUAAUUGUAAAAUAUUAAAUUAUUAUAAUUAGUAAGCUAUUAACAGCUAAGUUUGA